CUGUUCGAUUGUUUCUGUGUUUUGUUGAUUGUGUUGUGCCUGGACGACACUGGGGAACUCAUAUUCGGAUAAGCUAUCGAAGUAGUUAACAAAGACAAAGAUUUUACCGACAUUUUAAGCAAGGUAAAAAUGAUCGUCCGAAAUUUCAAGGAGAGCAACGUCGCCUGGGAAAAGCUUAAAAAUACCAAGAGCAGACCGGUAGCGUACCUAAGAUUGAUCCAGAAAGUACCUACUAGAUGGAACUCCUCGUUCGCAAUGCUGAAUGCUGAUGCUUGCUUAGGGCGGCUUGCACCAUUUCGGGGUCUUUUCUCUAUCUUAUCCAGGCAUUUUACUACAAUGUACAAUUUUCCGAGUGGUACACAGAAAAGACGGCAUUCGAUAGCGACUUUAAAAACAAAAUUUUUUGGACGGACGAAGCGUCCUUCACAAGAUCAGGGCUAUUUAAUUGCCACAAUGCACAUUUUUCCCGCGGGCAUCGAAAGACUCCAGCUUUCAGCCGGUGCUGAACGUUUAAUCGCUACCGGUGUAGCGAAAGUUUGGGCGGGAAUGAUUGACGAUCGCGUUUUGGGGCCAUUCUUUUUGCCACGAGCUUAUAUGGCCACUAACUGAUAAAAUUUUCUGCAACUCAAUUUAAAGGAAAUGCUAGAGGAGCUACUGUUGGCCACAUACAGAGGGCAUGUUCCAGCACGACGGGGCUCCCGCCCAUUACUCAAUUGGAUGCCGGUAAUACUUAAAUCAGCGAUUGGGCACUUGGAUCAGACGUGGUGUCCCAGUACCGUGGCCUGCGCAUUCACCUGACAUCACUCUACUUGAUUUUUUCUUGAGAGGUCAUGUCAAGAAUGAAGUCAACGCAGUGGAAUCCGCCAAUGAAGAUGAAAUGCGCAUUCUUAUUCACAAUGCCUUCGCCACCAUAACACCGGCAAUGCUUACGACGAACACCAUAAGUUCCGUAAGCCAAAUUAUUCGUAGAGCAAUUUUUUUAACAUUUUAUUUCCCAGACCAAUUCUUCAUAAAAUGUUAUGUGAAUGACAAGUGUUAAUUAACUGUCAAAUGUGAAAAAGAUUACAAAUUAAUUAAAAAACAACCCAAGCUCCACUAUAAUAUUCCUGUAAUCUAAUGGCAACUAUCAAAAAAUAAAUUUCUGUUUCAGUGCCAACGGCAAGAAUAGUAUCACAUGCCCAAGUGGAGACUCUGCUAAGUCUCUUGGAGGCUAACAUUGAAAUAACGCGUGUUCGUGUGAUGGGGGGUGCCUUGGCCAGUCAGUGCGUCGAUUGUGGUGUCGAUGAGUUCUGGCGCAACACGGCGCGGACACUAAACACGUUUAAAGAGGCCCAAGCCUGGAAAACGGUUAGGCCUGUUUUUUUACUGACAUUAACCAGUAAACUGAUCAACAUACUUACACAACAGCGUCUAAGAUGUAUCUAAAUUUUUCAGUAUUGGCGUGAACUAAAAUACCGGACACGGAAGCGGGACACAGCAAUCCGGCAACCCGGUCGAAACUUCGGCCAAAAACAGGUCAUUAACAGCCGUACCACUAUUCCAAGACACAUGAAUUACUUACCUGUGACCGUUACUACCAAUACUCUAGAGUCUAGACUAGAGGCGUGGCACUCAAAAUUAAACCGAGCAGUCAGUAAGAAGAAUCUUGAAAUUUUAAAUGACGACAUCCUGUGUUAUUCUUCACAUGAAUAAAACAGAACCUCUUAAAAAAAGGAUCUAAUAAGUUCAUUCUUACUGACGAAUUUAUUCAAGAUGCUCAAUUAGUAAUAUUAUGUGGAGAGGAGGGAACAUAACUGUCGUUCAUUGCUUAUCUGUAUGCUUUGUUAAGAUAGUAUUUUAUUGUUUCCAAGAUGAGGAGUCUGAACCUAUCUGAGCGGGGAUUUUAAAAAGCUACUUAUCACGCCGAACUGGUUCAGGAUAUACGCACCAGAGCGAGCCUACGAAGCGAGGAGAAUAUUACAUCGAGUUCCGCAUCUCUAACUUUCGAGAGCUGGAGGCUAUUCCAUUAGCCGAUUGCUGACAGCAUUCUCUGAUCAACUUUAAAUCAGCUGUCGACGAGAAAACCCCAAAGUGGAAGUGUUACCCAGUUGGUAUCAUGCAUAAAAGAAGACUAUCGCAACGUUCGCCCAAUUUUGUAUCCAACUAAGCGUUAAUUUUAUUUAGUGUUACAUAAUGCACCAGAUUUAAUUCGCUGGUUUCUUUCAGAAAUCUGUAAAUCAAAACUCAAAUACAAAGUCUAUAAAGUCUAACCGUCUUAUUACAAAACGUAGACUAAGUUUAAAACUGGUUUUAAACCUGGUCCUAACUAUGGACUAGAAAAAUUCUUAUUACAAAACAAGUUUUAUCACUAAUUCUGGAACUAUGUGUGGUACUAAAGAUAAAACCGCAAGACCCCUAGUUUAAGCUUGGACCAAAUUUUAGUAAUUUGUGAACAUUUGAUUUUGACGUCUUUAUCUUAUGUCAAAUGUCAAAUCGCUUUUGUGAAUUGGUUAAUUUGUGGGUUAAUUCGUUUCCAAUUUUGAUCUAAAAUGGAUAUAAAUGACAUGGAUCUGAUGGAUUUUGAGGACAUGGAUUCUAUUGAACCGUCUCGGCAAACCAUACGAUACAUCCGCAACCGUCGCCGAGCAAAUCCGUUUUUACUAGAAGAACCUGACUUCAAAAGUAAAUACCGUUUUUCGAAACGUUUUGGGCAAAAAUUGGUGGAUUUGUUACGAGAGGAUUUGGCACACGAUCCUCGAGGCUGCCCCUUAAGCCCUGAGCUGCAGGUGGUUUGCGCCUUACGCAACUGGGCUCGCCACGAAAUUCAAGAUGAUACAGCUGAUUUGCAUGGUGUAUCACAACCAGUUAUCAGCAAGACAUGCAAAAAGGUGGCAGAAUGCCUCUCAAGAAUUUCCCGAAGAUUUAUCAAAAUGCCUGCAACAUUGAUAGAUCAAGAAGAGAGUAUGAGGAAAUUCCGAAGCAUAGCUGGCUUUCCUAUGGUAAUAGGUGCAAUAGAUUGCACUCAUAUAAGAAUAAAAAAAGUGAGCGCCGAUGGGGGUCAAUUGUACAUCAAUAGGAAAGGAUACCCUUCAAUUAAUGUAUAAGAGUCUAAGCCCAAAUUAAAU